ACAGGUUGCAGCAUGCAUCUCCUUUCCAUUCUCUUGUUAGUGACAGGCAGCCACGUGAUGGGCUGGGAUCCUGACGCGGGUUUGAUAGGUUCAUACACGAAAAGACCUGGGGCAAAGGUCAUUGCCUCAUCCAAUCAGAAAGAUGCUGAUUUGGUAAUUGACAACAAAGAUGGCACCCACUGGACUUCAGAAGGAUGUCUACCAAUGCAAUACAUUCCUCAUGCAGAGUUGAAUGUUUUGUUAAAUGCCUGCCAGAAAGGUCAUUGUUCCAGCUCAUCGGGUUCUUCGGGGAUAGCAUCCGCUACUGAUGGAAACUGGGGUACAGCUUUUAGAUCUAACGUUGUUAACGGUAAAGCUGAACUUCAUAUCAAACUUGAUAGUGAUAUUCCUCUUCGGUUCGUCACGUUGCAGGGAAAUUUUGGUGGGCAGGCGACCUUGACCGUUGAUCAUGGCAAUGACCAUAAGACAGUGAAAGUCAUGGACACUAAGGAUGACUAUCACAAAGAGACGCUGCCUCUGAAUAAUGCCACUGCAUCGGGAAUUUCAAUAACUUCAAGCCAGGCAUUCACCAUUCAAGAAAUAGGUGCUCUUGGUAUUUUAGGAUGUGUCGAUCGUCUGAUAGUAGACCUUGGUUCAGUGGAGACUCUUGGAUCUAUCAGAGUUCGAUCCUGGCCAGGAACAGAAACAUACUAUUCAAGACUGAUGACAUCACUUGACAUGAAAACUUGGCAUAAAAUUACAGACAUCAAUCCAAAAAUUGUUAAUGUACAAUUGUUCAAGAUAGAUCCACCUGUUCAGGCCAGGUACGUUGCUGUUGAACACGACAUCCAUACUGAAGACUGGGUUAAAUCCUAUGUCUGGGAACUGGAUGCCUUUGGAGCAGAUGGAAACUGGGGACCAGCACCAUCACCUAAGCCGAAUACCAAAUCCCUGCACCAGAUGUUUGGUGUGAACGGCAUCUGGGGAUGGGGAUCUCGAGGUCCGAGUGUAAACUUAAAGCCGGGUCAAGGAGCUUACCUGUACGAUAAAGUGGCCUCUCAUGCCAGGAACUACCAUCAGCUCGGGUGGGAUGUGAAAGCACCCGGCAACAGGGCUGGGUAUGACCAAAUGGCACAAGGUCAUGGAACCAACUCCCUACCUUGGGUAAACUGGGACACAGAGUACGACAUUUGGGUGAAGGCUAAUUUGUCGGUUGAUGCCUCCAUUCAGUUCAAGGCCGACAAGUACCCUCCAAAUGUUUGGAAAAACCCAAAACAAGACGCGUAUCAAUUCGGUAAAGAUUUUGCUGCUCAUUUCGGACCUACAAAUGGCAAUGGUUUUAUCACGGCAGCUGAAGUGGGAAAUGAACCAUGGGAUUAUCUUCACGAUUUCUACGCCACAAUUCUUGAAGGAAUGGCUAAAGGCCUCAAAGAUGGAGACCCAGGAAUCAAGGUCCUCCCUGCAGCGUUUCAGGCUUAUGACAAAACUGCUGAAAACCCUCCAUGGCAUGCCAACUAUAUCGGUACAAGGGUGACCGAGGCAAUUGCUCCCUACAUUGAUGUGCUGAAUGAUCACGUGUACAGCUUUGUAACACUGCCAAAUGGCACACGUAUUAUGUCUCACCCAGAGCAUCCCCUAAGUAUGUUCAACAGCAUGAAAAACAUGGUCAGAUGGCGAGACGUGAACAUGCCCAACACCCCUGUGUGGAUCACCGAGUACGGCUGGGACUGUGCUGGAGCCGGGGAAACCUGCACCUACUCCGAGUGUGUGUCUGAACGAGCGGCAGCACUGUACGGCGUCCGGGCUCUCUUGAUCAUGGCCCGGCUAGGUAUUGAGAGGGCAACCUGGUUUUUCUACGCCAACCUGGAUAAGGCGGAAUGCAGUCCUGCAGCCCAGCACAUUUUCUGUCGCAGCGGCCUCACGGGAUCCAAGGAGGUCAACUUUGCCAAGAAGAAGGUCUUUGAUAUCCACAAAGCCUUCCUUGACUACGUGGGCAACACUCAUUUCCUGCAGGUCGUCAAAGAGGACAAUGAUGCCUAUGUCUAUCUCCUUGGUGACAUGAAACAUGGAUCUGGCUCUCCCAUGGCAACCCACGUUGUAGCUUGGCGACCUAUCAAUGGUGACGACAAUUCAUCUCAGUCUGUUUCUUUGAACCUACGAGCUCACCCUAAGUCUGCUAAAUACAUCACUCCUGAUGGUCUGACCACGGCCCCAACACCGUCAUCCAGCGGUGGACACUGGGUGGUCAGUCUCAAAUCUGAACCUAUUAUAGUUGAGGUCAACAGCUUUGCUGUGUCUGGUGGUGUCAGUCCUGUUGGCUAAAUUUAUAUAAAUAUAUUACAACGUUGAAA